UGAAAAUAUGGCGUGUUGUAGGUGUGAGAGAAAAGUAUGCGCUAAUUUUAAGGUAAUAAUUUAUUAGGUGAGAUUAGAAUAAUGUGGAAUCCUACCAAAAAUAAAAAAUUGGGAGUAUGCAUUUAUAAUUAUGAUGGAAACACAAAAUAUGGACUUCCACUUGAAAUUGGUGAGACUGUGCAAAUCUUAGAAGAAUGUAGUGGAUGGUUUCGUGGUUUUUCUAUAAGAAAUAAAAGUUUAAAAGGAAUAUUUCCUGCAUCAUUUAUACAUCUUAAAGCUUUUCAUAUUUAUAAUGAAGGUCUAUAUGAAACAGUUGCCCCUGUAGAAGAUUCCACAGUGAAAGAAGUAGCAUGUGUUCUUCGAGAAUGGCAUGUCAUUUGGAAGCGGUUGUAUGUUCGCCGAGAAGUAUCCUUAUUUAAUCGAUUACUAACUGUGAUGCGAGAUCUCAUAGAAUGGCGGAGACAGCUUAUUACUGGAACACUCACUCAGGAUCAAAUAAGAGAGCUAAAAUGCCAAAUAACAGGGAAAAUAGAUUGGGGAAACAGGCAGCUAGGGUUAGAUCUUGUUCCUCGAUUAAAUAAUGAAGUUGUAGAUCCAGAUUCUCUUAGUCCUAUUGAAUUGCAUCAAGUGCAUGUUCGUAGUUCUGAAAAUGUUGCUGGUUUGCUGGGUAGGGGAACAACAAAACGGUGGGAAAUCAAAAGAUCAUCUAAUCAUCACCUCUAUAUGUCAAUGAGGGACUUUAGUUGUAGUCUAGGGGAAGAUAUGGAAAUAUUUUUCUCUUUGUAUGAUGCUCAGCAAUCUGAGACAAUCAGUGAGAGGUUUCUAGUCAGAUUUGCAAAGUAUGGAAUGUCUCAUUUUGUUGAAAAACUUACCAAUUCUUGUACAGUCUUUACUGAUUUAGGUGCAACUGAUUUAAGUAGAGAACUGUAUCUUGUGGCUCAUAUCAUAAGAAGUGGUCGGAUGUUAAAUGACUCAAAGAAAUCAGCAGUCCACUCGUAUCGUAGGCCUUAUGGCUGUUCAAUUCUAAAUAUAAGUGAUGUUUUGCUUGAAAGUGAAAGCAUUCUUGAAGAAGAACGAGAGUUUACUGCUAAAGUAUAUACAUGUAGUGAAAGUGAUUUUAGUCAACUACAUGAAUUUAUUAUUAAGAAAUUGAGCAACAAAUUUAAUGUACUUUCUGGUCAACAAAAUUAUGGUUUAAUGUUAUCUCUUCGGCUUCUAAAUGGAGAAUUAGCUCAACUUCAGCAGGAAAGCCCUUUGCUAUUCAAAAAUAUAUCUGUAACUCAUAAACUUGGAUUUUCGGAUGUAAUUAUGCCAGGUGAUGUCAGAAAUGAUCUAUAUCUGACACUUGAGAAAGGCGAUUUUGAGAAAGGCGGUAAAUCUACUGGAAAAAAUAUUGAAGCUACCAUUAUCCUUGUCAACUGUGAAGGAUUUAUACUCGAAAAAUGUAUUAAUCCUGGUUCAGGUCAUGAAAAUGUGUCUGAAUAUCACUCUAUUGUUCUGUAUCAUAACAAUACUCCUCGCUGGAUGGAGAUGAUCAAGCUUGCAGUACCAAUUGAAAAGUUUGACGGAGCCCAUGUAAGGAUAGAAUACAGGCAUUGCUCAACCAGAGAUAAAGAAAAAAAGUUACUAGGAUUUUCUUUUAUUCAGUUAAUGGAUGAUAAAGGAACAAUUUUGAAAAAUGGGUCUCAUGAAUUAUAUGUUUAUAAAUGUGAAGAUCGGCCCAAAUUACAAGAUCCUAGAGUUUACUUAAGUCUUCCCAGUGGACCAAAAGAAAGUGGUAGCACAACUCCUAGCAGUACUGGCAGCAGUGGUGUUCCUAUACCUCCUUCUCCACCCCCAUUUCCUAGUCCUUCAGCUGGGCAGUUUUUUUCACGCAGCUCCAGAGAAACAGUUCAUAUCAGGACUUUGCUAUGUUCGACAAAGCUUACACAAAAUGGUGAUCUUCUCUCUCUUCUGAAGUGGAAAGCACACCCAGAAAGAAUACAAGAUACAUUGCACAAAGUCAUGAAAUUGAAUGGAGAAGAAACUGUUAAGUUUCUUCAGGACAUUUUAGAUGCACUUUUUUCUAUGUUUUCAACUGGUGAUGGAAAUUCAACGUCUCAUUCAGGCCUUGUUUUUAAAGUUUUGGUUCAUAUCUUGAGCUUAUUAGAAGAUAACAAAUUUGAACAUUUUAAACCUGUGAUGGAUGCAUACAUAACAGGACAUUUUGCAGCUGCUUUAGUGUACAAAGGGCUAAUUAGCUGUGUCAAACAUUGUGCAGACUUAGUACGAGAUGCAGAUAAGCAAGAUGCUAUUCAAAAGUGCUUUCGUUCCUUGGAAUAUAUAUUUAAAUUUAUAAUACAAUCUAGAAUAUUAUUUGCCAGGGCUACCGGUGAUCAGAGUGAAGAAGCUUUCAAAGCUGAUCUUUAUUCAUUAUUUAAUUCUUUCAACAGGAUGUUAGCUAUCAAUCAUGACCUCAUAAUUUUACCCACACAGAUUGCCCUUGUAUCCAGUUUUGGCCAAAUCUAUGUGCAGCUACUUAAUGUAUUACCUGUCCAUGAAGUGGCCAAAAUUGUUAAACUUACUAUUGAUUGCUUACCUCCAGAUCCACCUGCUGCCCUAGUCCAAGCAAAACUACAGUGCAUUCAUGAUACUGUUAAAAGUGAAAUUUUCCAACAUAUAGAUUCUAGAGUUGAAUUAUUUGAAGUUUUUACUAGACAUAUAAAGAAACAUAUGCAGAUGCAGCAAGAGCUGAAUAUGUGUGCCACAAUUUUAGGAGAUAUGUUGACGUAUUUACAUCAUGAACAUGCAAAAAAUUCUCAAAAGCAUUACACUGGACAUAUUGUGAACCGAGAAGUGGAGAUACUAGUUUUAGUUCUGCUUGAGACUUUAAUAUACAGUGUGAAAGAUCUUGACAGAUCAUCCCCUGUUGCGGGACCCCUUGUGGCAUGUUUAGUUGCACUUCUAAGAUUAAUGGAAGACCAGCAUUACAAUCGCUUGUGGGAAAAAUUUGGCAACAUACGGCAACGACGUGACAGGAGGCAAUUAAAAGACUUUUUACUAAGUGUAUUUUUUGUUUUCUUGGACUUUGUCAAGAAAGACAUAUUUCCAUCUGAUUGGAUAAUUAUGCGAAUGCUAACAAACCAUGUUAUUCUCUGUGCUCUUCAAGAAUUUUCUCAACCAUUAACAGUUGAUUUCUUGGAUGGAAUUGCAUUUGACGAACAAUUAUGGAGCAGUUAUUUUUCCCUUGCUGUAUCUUUUUUAACGCAACCUGCACUGCAAUUAGAAACAUUUUCUGAUGUUAAAAAGGAGAAAAUAAUUGAAAAGUAUGGUGAUAUGAGGGUCCUUAUGGGAUUUCAGAUAUUAUCUAUGUGGGAUAAAUUAGGGGAUCAUAAAAUCUUUUUUAUACCUGCUAUGGUUGGUCCAUUUUUGGAAGUUACCUUAGUGCCUGAAGUUGAUUUGAGAAAAGCAACUCUUCCAAUAUUUUUUGAUAUGAUGGACUGUGAACAAAAAGUUCGAGGGAAUUUUAAACAGGUUGAGUCAGAACUUAUUGACAAAUUAGAUAUUUUAGUUAGUGAUAACAAAGGGGAUGAGGAAUAUAGACAGCUUUUUAAUACAAUGGAACACUUGAGUGCUGUUCUUUUAGAAAAAGUUAGAACUAGUGAUCCUAUUUGGAAAGAAAAUGGAGUUGCUUUUAUCAAUUCAAUUACUAGACUUUUGGAGAGAUUACUUGAUUAUAGAAAUGUGAUGGAGGGAGAAGAAAAUAGAGACAAAAGAAUGAGCUGUACAGUUAAUCUGCUGAAUUUUUAUAAAAAUGAAAUCAACAGAAAAGAAAUGUAUAUACGCUACAUCUAUAAGCUCUGUGAGCUCCAUUUACCUGCUGAAAACUAUACGGAAGCUGCCUUUACUUUAAAAUUACAUGCUGAUUUGUUAAGUUUUUCAAACAACACCUUACCUGCUGAUCAGCGAUAUAAUCAACAGCCUGAAUGGCAAAGAAGAGAAGCUUUAUACCACAGAAUAAUUGAUUAUUUUGAUAAAGGCAAAUGUUGGGAAGAAGGUAUACCUCUUUGCAAAGAAUUAGCUGAACUGUAUGAAAAGAAGCUAUUAGAUUAUGCCAAAUUAAGUAAUGUAUUGAAAACACAGGCCAGAUUUUUUGAUAACAUAUUGAAUCAGAUCCGACCUGAACCUGAAUAUUUCCGUGUUGGGUUUUAUGGUUUGGGAUUUCCUUUGUUUUUAAGAAAUAAAGUGUUUGUGUACCGAGGACUUGAAUAUGAAAGAAUCGGUGCUUUUACACAACGUUUACAAACUGAAUUUCCUCAAGCUCAAAUUUUGAUGAAAAGCACAGUUCCUGAUGAUAGUAUAUUAAAUUCAGAUGGGCAGUAUAUCCAAAUUUGUAAUGUGAAACCCAUCCCUAAAGUUAGACCAGAAUUUGAGAAUCGGGACAUUCCAGAAAAAAUUAUCAGUUAUUAUUUAGUUAAUGAUGUGUCUUCUUUCCAGUUUGACAGACCAGUGCAAAAAGGACAAGUUGACAAAGAUAAUGAAUUCAAAAGUUUAUGGAUUGAACGAACAACACUGACAAUUGCAUCUCAGCUGCCAGGAAUUUUACGAUGGUUUGAAGUUGUUGAAUGGCAUGUGGUUGAACUUUCACCUAUAACUCAUGCAUGUGAAACUGUCGAGCAUAUGAACAAAGAGCUUCGCAAACUCAUUGCCCAGUACACUGCUGAACCGCGGCGCUCAAUUAGUCCACUUAGUAUGAGACUCCAAGGAGUAAUUGAAGCUGCAGUGAAUGGUGGCAUAGCCAAAUACCAAGAAGCUUUCUUUACACUGGAAUUUAGUUUGCAAAAUCCUGAAGAAACACACAAAAUUAUCAAACUAAAAUCAUUGAUUCUUGAAAAAGUUCAAAUAUUAGAAGGUGGCCUAUCACUGCAUGGGAGGUUAGCACCUCCUGAAGUGAUACCUUUGCACCGCCGUCUUGUUGACCGUUUUUCUGUGAUGAAGCAAUCUAUAAGAGAGGUUGACUCUCCUAACUUAACAUCCCGAUUUCCUAUCAACAGGCGUGGUGAUUUGCCUCCCCCUCCUUGCAAUGAAAAUGUAGAAUACAGACGACCAUCAAUUUUAAAUACUCCUUUACCUCCUUUGCCGUGUGACUCCAAGAAGCCUGUUAUGGAACCAUGUGGCAGCAAUCGAUCUUCAUCGUCUGGUUCUAGUAUUUAUGGUCACUUCUUCCCUGAAGGUUCUGAUGAAGAAGAAAUUUACACUCAUCCAAAUGACAAGAAUACUGAAGUACCCACUAACAUUCCAAUAUCUCCACUUUCUGCUGUAUUACAACCUCCACCUCUACCUAACAGGCCUCGAUCUGUAGCAUUAACUUCAUCUUCAGAAUCCAAGAUCUCUAAUGACAGACUUCGGCCACAAACUUCACCUCCGAGGGAUACUGGAGAAGAUUAUUCUCACCCCCGUGGCUAUCCUUUUAAUAGACUUGUGAGCCCAAAUAUACCUGUGAAAUGGUUGCAAACUCCAGAUGGUAUUUCUGAUAAAAUACUGUCAUCUCUUAGUCCGGGCAACAGUCCAAAGGGGUCUGCUCGAAAUAGCUGGUCGGAGCAAAGUUUAUUACAAGACGAGGCACCUCCAUUACCUCCCAGAGGUAAUGAGAAAAGAAUGGUAUCAUCAUGGACUGGAGCACCUCAAAAUGAGGAGUCAAAACCAGCUCUUCCACGAAGAUUAAUAAAAAAGACCUUCAUUUCUGCAAUGACACCUCCACCAAAGGAUAUGCAUGUGCCAAUACUUUGUGAUUCUCAAGAAAUUACUUCUCCAAUUUUAACACCGGUUGCUACAACUCCAAGUCCUAUUUCAGAAUCAGCUCUCCAACAGGAAGUGGACAGUGCUCCUCCUCCACUUCCAAAUAAAAGAACCACUGUUGGCAGCAGUGGCAGCAGCAGCAAUCCAGCAUCACUUUCAGCCUCUCCUAACCAGUCUCCAGUUAGGACUCCAGAGUCAUUAAUCCGAAGUCAUUCAAUACCUAUUGGAGUGAUGCCUCUGAUUCCACAAGAAAGUGGCUUAGAUGAGGAUGAGAUUUUGAAUGAUCGAGAUGAUUCCAGUAGUGUGUAAAUUUUAAGUGUCAUUGCUUAAUUUUUAGGAUCCAGUGCUUUCUUACAUGCUUGAAAAGUUUUGAAACCACUUUGCAGUGGAAAUGAGUAAUAAAGAAGCAGUGCUGAUGAUAAUUUGGAUUUCAGAUAAUUUGGAUUCACCUCAAAGCACAAUUAACUUAUUGCUGAAAUUUUGGUAUACAAAGACAGUCCCAAAUUCUGUAACUUGUAUAUUUGCAGGACUCUAGUCUAUAUUCUUUGUAUGCAACUUCCUUAUUCUUUUUUCACAUGCAGCUGCUAUAUUUUCUGUUUAAUCAAGAAAUUUUGAAUAUUUAGUUACUAUGUAUUUUAUAGCCUUCUGUGUAUUUUUGAAGUUUGUCCUUUCAGAGUAUAAAAGUAGGUUAGAUUGCAUAUGAAUUCCUUACAAAUAUUCAGAUACCAGAGAAGGAAAGGUUUUUGUAUUUUUCUAUAUUUUAUAUAAAUUUUGCUGGUAUUGACUUACUGUUAAGAAAUGAGAGCUAUAACAUUCUUUUUUUUUUUUUUUUUUUUUUUUUUUUUUUUUUGAGUGGGAUUCAUUAUACUGUUUCUUGUGCAUCACUUAAAAAUGCAGCAAUUUUUUUCCCCAGUUUUGCAAAAUCUCAUAAUAAUGUUUUUCUUAUAAAUUUUUAAGAAUUAUCAAAUUGUAUGUGUUGCCUUUUUAUUUCUAUGCCAUGCUUAUCCUCUUAGAAUUGAAUGGUAGUACAUAUAUGCUUAUUGUAUGCUGUAUUCUUAAAAUAUAUUAGCAAAUAAAUUUUUAACCUUAACUUCUGUUGAGGACAAACUUCAUAAUUGUCUGAUGUAUUUUAAAUAUCUCGAUGAGCUUUGUGUAUACUGAGGAAGAACAUGUUUGAAUAUGCACUUGUUUUAAGUUUCUAGUCAUACUUAAUGACAGCUAUUAAAAACUUCAAUUAAUCAUGCAUUAAAUAUAAAUCUGCUGAAAAUUUUCAGCAAGAUAAAAAAUUAUGAACAUUAAAUUAAUUCAAGAUACUACUUCUUCAUAUGUGAAUGGCCAGUUCAUGUGGAAAUUCAUUAUCUGAGAAUUGUAUUUGGUUUUAAAUUUAAUUUUUUAAUAAUUUGUUUGUAUGAUCUCAAUUUUAAUCAGAACUGUGUAUGAUCUUAAGUGUAUAUUCAAUUCAUCUCAUAAUGAUAUUAUAUGGAAGGUAAGCCAGAUGAUUUAAAUACUUCUUUGGGAAUAUAUUAAUUUGUUUGUGUAUAAUAUCACUACAAAUAAUGCGACCUUGAUACACAUAGUAAAAUUUCUCCUUUUUGCUAAUAUACAAAAAUCACUUGUAAGGAAAUGAUGGAAAUUCAUUCAAAAUAUUUUUUGUUAUGUUAUAUAAUUUUCGUUUGUUAUUUAAAAAUGAAUGAAUGUUAUUUUUGUAUAUUUAUUUAUUUUUAAAUCUUAAAAGAGUUUUUACACUUUAUGGAUACAGCAGAUAUUUGAAUGUUAAGAUUCUGAGGUCAUAUACUCUUAUAGAACCUAUAUUUAAUCUUUCAAUGCAAAACAUUCCUCUAUUGAUAUAUAUAUAUUUUAAGCUGUUGUUUUUAAGUGUAAACUGUUGAUUUUUAUUCAGAAUUACAGGGUUUCUUAAUUUGUAAUGAUGAGAUCUGAUUUUCCGUCUGAAGUUUUAAAUUACUGUAUAUAUUGGUAAGAGUUUUAAAUUACUAUAUAUACAGUUUAUAAAUUACUGUAUAUAUUGGUUCAGAAUCAUUUAAUACCUCAGAAUGCUUCCUUUAUUCCUUAUAUCCUGAAAAUGUGAUCUAGUAAUACUUCCCCCCCCCCAGGUAACUUUGCUAACAGAAGAAUUACAUUAACCCUCUGGGCGGCCAGGGUUUUCGCUAAGAAAGCACAAAUUUUUCAAAACUACUAUGAGAUUUUUUUUUAAAUUUUAAUGUAAAAACUCUCCUGGUAUUUCAUACCUGGGUUUGUUUCUUUUGAUAUAUUGCCUUAAUUUCGUUGACAUAUUUUAAUGUGCACGUAUAUAUAUAUAUAUGUUCUUACAUAUAUUGCAAUAAAUAUUCUAGGCCGUAUAUAUACGGCCUUGCCGCUUAGAGGGUUAAGAUGUUUUUAAGUGUAAACUGUUGUUUUCUUUUCUUCCUUUUAUAAAAUUAAAUGUAUCUAUAUGUUCAGAAAACAAUUGUUGUAGUUGGACCAAUGUUUUAUGUAUUUUUUCUUCUUUCCACAAUUAAAUGUAUCUGUAUGUUGAGAAAACAAUUAUUGUAGUUGGAACAAUGUUUUAUGUAUUUUUUUCUUCUUUUUCCCACUUUUUAUGUUGUAAUGCAAAAUUUUAUUUCUGUUAGAGUUACUUGCUUUUAAAGCAUACGCGUAUUCCUUUUAUGCAAGAGAACGUGUGAAAAAUUUCUAGUUUAUUGAUUAAAAUUUAGAUAGAAAAAAAAUCAUUUUGCUGUAAUUUAUCAUUUCUUUAAAAAUGCAUGUUUGCUUUAGUAAAACAUUUUAAAAUGAACUUGAAGAAUAAAUAUUUGAAUAGUUUGUUAUCACAUAUAAUACAUAUGCUGUUAUUUUUAAUUGCAUUAUUCUAUUAUCUGCUGUUUGUUAAUUUUAUCAAAAUUUUCAAUCGUGUAAUGGACUAUAGGCAUAGACAUGACAAUUUUUAAGUCUCGCAAUAACUGUAACAAUAACUGUAACAGUUCAUUUCCUAUAUAUAUAUUUUGUUAUUUUGUGCAUGUAAGUACUUGUUAUAUUAAAUAGCAACUUGAAGAUAUAAUUUCUUGUUGCUUUUAUAUUGUAGAUUGUAAGUUCAAAGCUAUAAGUGACUUAUGCAAAGAUUUAAGUGCCAAAGGUAUAAUUUAACUGCAAAAUAUGUUUGUUCUUUUGAUUAUUUCAUAACUAUUUCUUCUUCGGUUUUUGCAUUUGGAAAAACAUUAUAUGAUAUUAUUCUGCAUUACAUCUAAGAGGAAUUCUGAAAUAACUACAGGGUUCUUAAAUUUUACUUUUUCUUACUUUGUUUACAUUUUAAAAAAUUGUGAUAAAUGUUUCUAUAUGUUUAUGUGUAUGUGUCUAAUGUAUGUAUAUAAUGUACCUUUUUUAUGAUUGCAUGAUUUAAUGAAAAGUGAAUGCAGGAAUUUAAUAAAUUUUCAUGCUUUGUGAAAUUAUAUUUGAAUUUUUUUUUUUUAAUUUUUAAAAUUCUAGUUUUUAAAGAUUGGAGAUAGAAGUAAAACUUAUUGAAUGUAACUUUUCUUACUAUUUUUUUUACAAAUUGUUAAGUUUAGAUGAUGAUACCAAAAAAUCAUAGCAAAGAACAAGAUAUAAUUUAUAUUAUUUUAAAAAUAUUUUCUAAACAUUAUAAUUAGAAAAUAUGGUUUUACAUUAUUAAAAUAAAAGUGCAAUGUUGCAAAAGUCUUAUUUCUAUAAGUUUUGUGAUAAUUUGAAAUUUAUUUAUACAAAUUUUGUUAUAAUUCAUUUGAUAUAUGUAUAUUUAAUUAGGAUGAUCUGACCUAGGUAGGCACUUAUUUUGGCAGUAUGAGCUAAGCCUUUUUUUUAAUGCCUUUAUUACACCUUUCCUUUAAAAAGUAGUAUAAUCAAAUAUAUAUAUACUUAAUGUAAUCUAUAAACCAAAUGUAAUAUAAUUUAUUAUUAACAGAUAGAAUGCAAUUAUUAAUCUGUUAUAUAUGCAUAACAGGUUAUUAAUUGUCUGUUUAUUCAUUGCCAGAUAAUUUGCAUUAUUUCUUUAUUAUUUAGCCUUCUGUAUCUGUUUACUUUUCUUUACCAUUACUGUAACAGAGUUAACUAACUUCUGUUCUUUUUAUACUGCUCAUGGUAUAAAAUAGAUAUAAUUUUAUCUGUUUUGAUGCUAGAGAAGUAUUUUUUGAAAAUUUGUAUUUCCUUUUUAUGUGGAUCAUAAUAACAACUUAAAUUGUGUAAAUAUUAAACAAUAAUGGUAAAUGAAGCAUAAUUUAUCCUUUUAAGUACCAAAGAGAAUAGCUUAUUAAAGGAAUGUCCUGAGAAAAAAAGUUGAUAAAUUUAUGUACAUUUUAUACAAAAUUUCUUUAGAUUUUCAUUUUAUAAUGUAAGUUCUUAUAUUGUAUUUCAAAUGAUAUUUUAAAGGGAAAUGCACAUAAAUUUUUAGUUUUAUUUGACAAAAUCAAAAAUUUUAGCCUCUGAGAGAAUUCAUGGAAGGGUUAGAUGCAUGUGUAUUUAUAUCACUAAUCAAAAUGGUAUUUAGACUAUUCCAAUUUUUGGAUGUUUCUCAUUAGUUUUAAAUAAAUAGAACAAUAAAAAAGUAAUUGUUUAUUUAAAAAAAUUAGAAGCCAGAAGGAAGAAAAUUAUAAAUAAAGAUUAUGGUUAAUAGAAAUUAGUUUAUGUAAUAUGUGUAAAAAUAACCAGAAAUGUUUCUUUUUAAUAGAAGUAGAUGAUAAUGCUAGUAUUUAUUAAUAUUUUGUUAGAGGAAAAACAUUAAGGCAAUAACACAUUUACUAUAACUUUAAAUCCUUAGUUACACAUUUUGCAAAUUUUUUGGUUAGUUUUAUGCAGUAAAAUUUAUUAGAACAUAUAUUUCUACUACUCUAUAACCCAUUUGCAACAUAUAAAAUUAUUCUGAUUUAAAAAAAUAAUAAUAUAGCUAUUAUUUCAGAGAAUUAUAGCAUACAGUGUUGUUUUUUCAUUUUUUAAAGAGAACAUAUUAGGUAUUUUUAAUAGUUUUUUUAAAGUAAAGGAAUCAACUUUUCUAUGUAAUUAAAGUACAUUUAUUUUCCAUAAUGUACAUCAUAUUUUCUCUGAGUGGAAGACGUGCUACCUGAAUGGUGCUCAAGGCUUUUGCUAUAUGGCAGGCACAAAAAUUGCACUCCUUGCCACGAUAAAAUUACGCAUUAGUUUCUGAUUAUGUCAGACAAAUGAAAUACGACGACAUCAUCAUCAGAUUUUCUGUAAAUACUAUUGAUUGAAAUUUUUCUUGCAAUUCUGAAUACAUAAAAUUAUUAAUUUUUUUCCUGCAGAUCACUUUAUGCUGCAUUAUCUUUCCUUUAAUUGUAUUUUUGAUUUUUAAUGUUUAUGUAAACAACUAUACUAAUUUCAAAAUAAUCUAUUAUGUUAUAAUCAACUUUUAGAUGAAGAUUUAUUUUCUCUCUAUUUAUUAAUAAUCUCCUAAUAAUUAGAAACUAAAACUAAUAACUAAAACUAAGCCAUUAGAACACUUGGAAAUAAAAGUAAUAUAGGACUUCAUAUUAGUAAGAUUUUAAUAUUGAGCUAUUUUAAGUAAUUAUAAUACCAAUCAAAUGCAUGUCUUUGUCAUUAAAAAUAAAAUUUUAAAAAUGUGUGAUAAAAAAACAGAAAAAGUGUCUACGCAAAUUUUCAUUUAAAAUUUAUAUAACUAUAUGAUUAAGUAAGCGUAUUUCAGCAUUACUAAGUGAACUUUAGUAGUAUAGAAGUAUCUGAAUAUGAAUAAAAGUGAUUUAUAGCAUUUGUUAAAUAGUACUUUUACUGCAGUGUCUAUUGAAAGGGAUCAUUUUUGAAAAGUAUGAGGUAAAUACACAUGCAUCUGAACUCUACUGAGCAGUUAAUGAUAUUCAGCUUCUAAACAAUGUAUUCUUUUCUAGCAAACAAAAGAUUUGUAACCGAAAUUAAGAUUGUACAAUGACUUUGUUUUGUUGUACAUAAUAAAUUUGAACUUACGUGAUUACGUGGAAACUGAAAUGCAAAAUUUAAAGAGAAAAGUACAGAAACUUGAUUAGUUGGAGUUAUUUUUUCCCCCUUAUUUUAAUCUAUUGAUUUACAAUAAUGUUUUCCUUUUGAAUUUUAAUUCUUUAUUUCUGUUUCUUUAUCUUUGUAAUGCAAAUAUUUAAUCUAUGUUUUAUAUUAAAAUAUAUACAUAUUUGUUACAUGUUAUAUAAUACUGUUUUUAAAUAUCUAACUUAUUAACUUUAGAAAUGUGGCAACUGGACAAACAGACUUUUUCUAGUUGUAUAAGACAUUGAUUAUUAAAUUUGAGAACUGAAAUUUUAACCAUUUUAUCAUUGUAAGUGGUUUGGUGCUAUCAUUUAAUUUUUUUUUUUAAUAUUACGUACAUAUUUAAUCUCGGUGUAAUCAACUGAAUCAAGCUGGGCAGCUGUGUGAUGACUAUUCUUAUUUUUUAUUAUAUUAUCAAAUAAAAGCCAAUUAUUUAUCUCUUAAAUUAUUAAUAGGUAACUUUAGGUAGUUAAAAUAAGCACUUUUCUUUUUAAAAGAACAAUACUAUAGAUGGAAAAUUAAGUACAUCUUGUACUGAUUUAAAUGUGUAACUAGUUAUGAAAGUUAAUGCUUAUUGCUUUCUCAUAUGUAAUUUAAUCAGUAUUAAAAAUUUCCAGAAGUUAAACAAAAUGCAAUGUGUGAAUAUUAUGCUUGCUUCUCAUAGAGAAAUUUUGUCGUUUGUACUUAAGUGAUGUGAGAUUUAGUAAAAAUAUACAAAAUGUAAAAUAGUUUCUUUUAUAUGUUUUCAUAUGUUAUUAAAUGGAAUUUUGUAUUUGCUUACAUAUCAAGCAAUCUUAAAAAUGGCAAAAAGUUAUGGCAAAGUUUAUCUACAGAAAUUAUUUUGUAAUAUAGAUUUAGAAACGCAUCAUGUAGAAUGUGAAGUUUAUGUUAUUUUUUAGUCCUACUAGAUCUGAUUCUAUUAAAAAUAGAAAAGAAGUAUAUUUGUAAUAGAUUUGAUACCUUUAUAAAUCUCUUCAUGAUCUUUGAUGAAUGAUAUCUAAUAAAUAAGUACAAACUGUAUGCCUACAUUAUAACUUUUUGUUUUUUAAAUUCGAAACUAAAUGUUUUAGUAUGGAGUGAGAUAUUUUACAUCAAAACAAAUAUAUGAAUGACGAUGCUAAAAAAAACUUUUUUUAUAUAUCACAUUCCUUUGUGUGUUGUGGUCUAUGAACAUACAUUUUCAUCUCAUGUAUAUGUAUUUAUUAUGUUCGAAAAAAUAAAUUAUUGCUAAAAAAUUA